AGCCAUAGGAGUGAAGAAAGGUUGAACUACCUGGCUGGAGCAUUUGACAUUAUUUAGGAUACAUGCAGAUACUGAGAUACUCAGAUAGAGAUAGACAAUACUGAAUUGAACAGGAACAAGGAAGUGACUUACCUAUUUAUAUCAUAUAUGAAUGAUACCAGUGGUACUGAGCCUGAGGCACGUUAUUGAUUGAUACUCAUCAACAGCGCUUUGACUAAGCAGUCUGUUUGACCCUUGCAAUAUCAAGUUGACUUGUACUUUCUGUAAUUUAUUUCAUCACAAUUCAACUGAACUUCCAAGUUCAAGAUGGUCUACAUGUCGGUUGCUGCUCGAAAUGAAAAGAUGUUGCACCUGGCGAGAUCACCUGGGUUUCGAGCUUGGAGUACAUUUUUUGGUAUCCUUGCUAUAGGUUGUGGGAUGGUAAUCUUCUCAAAUGAUGACUGGCUGUGGAAAUCAUUUUGUCUCUUCUGCUGUGGAUUUGUGGCAAUAUGCUCUCUAGAUGACUGGGAGGAAUGCAUCAUUGAAAAGGAUGGUGACAUUCUUCUGAAGAGGUUUAGUUUGAUUGAGAAGAUUCUCAGACCGAAAGAAAAUCAGCGGCAAGUUAUUGCUGAAUCAUCUAGUAUCGUGAAAGCUGAAGUUGAAGCAGAAGACAUCAGAUUCUUUGGUAAAGGGCGUCUAGUAAUGCUCUACUUCAGUGCUGGCUACACCUUGCCUCUGACAGAGAAGUGCACUCUUGGAGACGGAAGUGAUCAUGAGGUGAUAGCAGAACUGAUCAGGAAAUUUCUAGAACUUGAAAAGAAGACAUGGGUACAAAUGGAAUUCCAUUCUCCUAAUAAGCAACCCCAAUCAUCAUCAUCAUCAUCAUCAUGCUCUUCUUCAGAUGAAAUGGGAGAAGAUGCUGAAACAAGAUAGCAUCCAACUAAUUAAUUAAAGUUCUACAUGAAGACGGUAAACAUUUUUCUAUGUGUCCCAUGUGGAAACAUUUGACAGUUUUGGCACUUUUACACAUAUUUAAAAAUCUUCUAGUUAAACACAGUAUAUGCUAUUAACCCAUCGCCUACUAGAACUGUUUGAUUCCUGUACAAAGCCUAUGGAAAAUACAGAAUU